AUGGCGUUUUCUGGGACAAAUAUCAGUUUGUCCCAGCAGGAUAUCACGCAGAAACUAACGGAGCGCAUAGACGACCUGAAGCAAAAGAUUGCUGCUUGGGGGAAGCGGAUUCGAAGAUUUACCGAGAGGUCAAGGCGGUUCAACCAGAAUCGUCUCUUCCAGAGUGAUCAGAAGAGGCUCUACAAAUCAUUGGAGCGACCAGAGGUAUGUGGAGCGGGCCCAGGACCGGAUCAGGCUAACACUGUCGCAUUUUGGCGUGGCCUGUGGUCAGAGCCCGUAAACCACAGCGAGGGCCCUUGGACGGAAGUUGUGGCGAGUCAGUGUGCGAGUAUUACGCCCACGGACCCCGUCAUCAUACCGCCGGAUGACGUAGCUGAGGCGAUCCGUAGAGCCCCGAACUGGAAAAGUCCGGGACUCGACGGACUGCAUCACUACUGGCUGAAGGGGUUCAUGGUGUGUCACGCUGUGCUCGCCCGUCAGUUUCAAGAGGCUCUCAACCAGAAGUCGCUCCUUAGCCUCUUCACUACUGGGAUCACUCAUUUGGUUCCUAAAGACCAGAUUUAA